CUGAAAAGUAAUGGAACUAAUUGCUUGACGAAAGGCGGCCAGCUCUUGUAAGUUAUAUGCCCAUUGUUACCCACGAAAGUGAAAAUGAAAAUGAAAAUGGAAAUAAAAUUGAAAAACGAAAAUGCCAAUGCCAAGCUCAAAGCCAACGAGCGCUCCAAUAAUUGGAGCAACAUCGGGCAACGUGCAAGCAACCUGCAACUUGCAAACUUGCAACUUGCAACUUGCCGGAUAGUAUAUAAAAGCAAGUGCUUGCAGCGCAGCCGCCGACAGUUGAAAUUCGCCAGUUGCCACGAUCCGAGGAGCUCUCGAAUUGCCGCCCAAAACUAAAUAAUAUUCAAAUUCGAGCGGUGGGAAUAUAAAUAUAUAUUCACAUUCACGUUCACAAUCGGAGACAUGAGGAAGCAUUGCGUAAGUAAGCCAGAAGUGGAUUACCAAGGAAGUCAGCUGUUAAUUGACACAUUGUCAAACCCCAUAACCAUGUGCAUCCGGUUUUUGGAUAUAUUGGAUUAUAAUUCAACUUUCGUAGAUAAAUUGGCUUUGGCUGCUCCUGCUGCUAAAGAUCAUAUUUGUGAGUGGCGACCACCUGGGAGAAGAUCAAAGAAUCCAAAGACGCUUCAUGUGGCAGGAGAUGAACAACUCGGUGAUGGGUGGCGUGCUGGGACGGAUGUAUCAUGGCGCCAGAGCCAUGAAGACGAUGAUCACAGGUUUAUUGCCAAGCACGGCAAGUUAUGGCCAGAAGCUGGCGGCGGCCAUUGACUUGCAGCCCACGGAGAUGACACGAGUGAGAUACAUCAUUCGUAAUCCGCACAACAACAAACCGAUGAAGAUCAUCAAAAUGCGACCGUCGCCCAAGAAGGUGGUGAAGAUCCGGAGACCUCUGGCAAAGCCCAUGAUCACCGAGACCUCUACAAUCAAUUAUGAGCAUCAAAUGAGACAAUUGGAGAAGGAACAGGAGCUUAUAGCCGAGGGUAAGGCACCCAUGACCAGUGAUGAAGCUAUUUUGAAUAAAUACUUCAAGAAGCGACCCCGCGGUGGUUCCUCCUCAAAUGAGGUAAUCUCCGGCAAGGUAAUGGAGUACCAGAGCUGGAAGCCAGUCUACAAACCGGGUGAGCAACCCUCCAGCUUUGUGACCCUGAGACCCCAGGCCUUGAGCCAUCUGCACACGGAUAUAUCCAGUGGCGAUCAUGAGAUGUUGCCCAAACCCGAGAAGUUGGUCAGCUACGAGUACGAAAAGGAUGAGGAAACGGAGAACGAAGUGACCAAGCACAGAGGUCACCAGUACGAGGUCACCGAGCAUACAGGUGAAGCCAGCGAGGAAGUGGAAUCGAUGCCCUCAUCCUCCAUGGAGAGUGGCUUUGUGCCCAGUCAGGGAUUGAGUUUCCGGGAGCAUCUAGAGCAUCAUCCUCCCAGGCCCAGGCAAAGGACUACAACCAGUACAACCACUUCAACUACAACCACCACAGAGGCACCCAAUUAUCCUCCUGCAUUCUUAAAGAAGUUCAGGGAAAGGGAAAGGGAACGAGAACGUGAGCGAGAGUCCACCACAAAGAGACCCCGGAAACACCAUCACCACCAGAAGGAAGUGUAUCUAAUCCGGGAAACUGAUGACCACACCGAGGGCAGCACCACGCCGCCCUCCUUCUCCAUGAGCAGUCUUCGGGCCCGCCUUCGUGAUCAGCAACGCCACCAGAAGCACCUGCACAAGCAACAGCUCGAGGAGGAGGAACUGGAGGAGGCCCUGGUGGAUGCCAUGCACGGUGAGAAGUGGCCCUCUGAUGUGGCACACAGCAGCUUCCAGCUGACCAGUCCCAUUGGGCCCAGUGCCGUGGCCUUUGAGCAGCCGGUGGCGACUGCCACCAAGGUGGUGGCCAAGGGUCAGUAUAAGCGCCAAACCCGCGAAAAUAUACGCCAGCGGGGAUCUGUCAAGUUCGGCGAUAAACCCAACUACGAUGAGGUUUGAAACGAGGACAAACGACUAAGUAACCAAAGAGCCAAGGCGGCAGUUAAGCUGCACUGAGAGAAAUUUUGC